AUGGAUCCUAUGAUCCCCACAGUAAGCCCAGCAGAAGCUCAUCCGGACUCAUGCGUGGGACAAUGUGCAUUCGCAUUCGUGGAACGCAUCCGAAAUCAAUUGGGCAACACCAAAACAGUGUCUUUACUGCAGCUUAACUACAACGAAUUCCUUACGGCGUUCUCGAACACAACGUUCUUCGAAAACUUUUGUGUAAUCUACCACAAUUUUCAACAUUGUGCAUCAAGGUGUGAGCCUGGAUAUCUACAUCAACUUCUGAUGAAGAGUGCGGAAAUUAUUGAUCACUACUGCGUCUAUAACUUUGAUGCGAUACGCACUAAGUUCCCAUGCCUUGAGAACGUCGAUUCAAAUGUGGAUUGCAUCAAAUCCUGCACACAUCACCACGAUGCAGUAGCAUCAUUGAUCAAUAACUUCCGUCACCUCGCUAUGAACGGUGACUCGACGCGAGCGGAACACUAUCUUGCUGAAAGUUGCGAAUAUGUCACAUGCACCCUGCACUGUGAUGUGCCACCAAUCGCCCAUCGCUGUGGCUUCGAAACAGCUAAUCUUGUCGUCGAUUUAACACGACGAUCAUUUGCAAGUAUGGAGAAGUUGGCAUUGGACACCAAUGUUGUUAGCAAAUGGCCGGCGCUUUGCUCAGAUAUCAAGACGUACCGGCUUCCGACGCCAGCGUUCCCGCCUAAAGAGACGGGUGUGGUUGCUCAGAGCCAAGUAAAUACAACAGGUAAAACCAACUUCACAACUCCCCAAAUAGGUGCGAUGACCAGCACAGCAAAUAUGCAGAGCAUUUUUACAGCGGAUCAAGACGAAGUGAAAAUUGAAGAUGUUUUGGAUUAUCUUGAAAAGGAAAUCAAUGCGAAGAAGUUUGUAGACGCAGUCUUAAAAAGUCGUGUCAAGUUUGAGAACCAUCCUAACCGGAGACAAUGCGAUAUUGAUGUUACGAAACCACACAAAUUGGGGAAAACACAUCAUAAUCAAGCAGACGAAGCAGACCUUGGAAGUCGAGGCACAGCAGCAAGCCUCAUUAGUGAGCAUGAUCUGGUUAGAGGACUAAGAUAG